AUGGAGGACGCCCAACUGUACGUGUCUGCCAACGCCCUUCAGCGACGCGACGCCCUUGUGGUGCUGACGGAAUUCCUGCCGCAGAUGGCGUGGCAGGAGGAAGGCGAGAACAUCCUGGACAUUGGAUGCGGUUCGGGUGACGUCACGAGGAACCUGCUGAUGCCCCUGCUGCCUCGCGUCGAGCAGGUAACCGGCGUGGACAUCUCGCAGGAAAUGGUGAGCUUCGCGUCCAAGACCUUCCAGCAUAACACCCUCGCCUUCCGUCAGCUCGACAUCGAAAAGACCGUCCAGCCGCGACAGGUCUUCCCCGACGGGUUCUCCAAGGUAUUCUCGUUCUACUGCCUGCACUGGGUCAAGGACCAGCCCCGCUGCCUCAACAACAUCUACCAGCUCCUGCAGCCCGGAGGCGAGGCUCUCCUGGUCUUCCUCGCCCACAACCCGCUCUUCUCCAUGUACCAGAACAUGAGCGAGAAGAUCGAGUGGAAUCAGUACAUGCAGGACGUGAGCAACUUCAUCCCCGCCUUCCAGCACAAGAGCGACCCCGCCCAGAGCAUGGCUGACGUGGCCGAAGAAGCCGGGUUCGAGGUCAUCUCCUGCGAAGCUCCGCCCUUCGAGUUCGUCUUCGAGAACAUCAAUUACCUGAGGAACGCCAUCAAAGCCGUGAACCCCCUGAAGCGCAAGCGCAUUCCGACGGAGAAGCAAGACGCCUUCCUCAUGGACUGCCUCAGCGAACUCGCCAAGCUCAAGACGAAGCAGGAAGACGGGAAGACGGUGGCCAGGUACAACCUCAUGAUCGCUCACCUCCUUCGCCCGGAGUGAGAGAGAGAGGGAGAGAGGGAGGGAG